CCUUUGACUGGAAAACUCUACCAACUUCCUUUGGGCAGAGGAAGACUACCGUGCCCCAUCUUCCCUGAGCUCCAAAAGCCUCACUACGUAGGGGUGGGGUAUGGGGGCCCGCCGCCUUCACCGCCUCCCCUCGCCACAAACCUGCGGCCGCCCCCACGAGGGGGACAGCUGGGGUGAGGGCGAAGUCGACGACGAGGAGGGAUGCACCCGAGUGGCCCGCGACCUGCGGGCGGAGUUCUCGGCCGGGCCGCCGUCGGAGUCCAGGAGAGGUUCUCUGUUCCCGCCGGAUGGAGAUGGGUCGCCGGUGCUGCCGGAGAAGCGCAACGGCAUCUUCCCGGCUGCUGCGGGAAGGCGAGCCCCGGCUCGGCGGUGGCCGGUUCAGGUCCUGUCUAUUCUGUGUGCGCUGCUGUUCGCCAUCCUCCUCGCCUUUCUGCUCGCCAUCGUCUACCUGGUCGUUAAAGAGUUGCAUGCUGAGAAUUUGAAAAAUGAAGAUGGCAUAGACACUGGGCUGUUAGGAUUCUGGACUCUGCUUAUAAUAUCCCUAACUGCUGGAUUCUCCUGUUGCAGCUUUUCUUGGACAGUGACUUAUUUUGAUUCUUUUGAACCAGGAAUGUUUCCUCCUACUCCUCUUUCACCUGCCAGAUUCAAGAAACUGACUGGACACUCCUUCCACAUGGGCUAUAGCAUGGCAAUUUUGAAUGGCAUUGUGGCUGCUCUUACUGUAGCAUGGUGCCUUAUGUAAAUCCACACUGGAGCAAUACUGUUGGCAAAAUACAGCCUAAAUUGUUUUGUAAGAACAGGAAAGAACAUCAUUGCCUACUCAGAAGACUGAGAAACCUAAUGUUCAUUAUAUGGUUCACCUGUGUGUCGUCAUCGCCAUCGUUAUGGAAGAACUUUUCAAGCAUCAUUCUAGAGGCUAGACCUUGGGAGUAUCUGAAUAUUAAGUUUCAAGUACUUUCUUAAAAGUAUAAGGUGUUUACCUCAUCUUUUUACUUUUGUACGUGUAAUUCUUUUAAAUUGUAGAAAGUAUUUUAAUGGAAAUCAAAUUUGAAAACUUGAAUACCAGUCAAUGCCUAAUAUCCCUUCUAUAUAGUACAUUUUUGCUAAGAAACACUGAUUUUACUGUGUAAUUAAGAAAGAAUUAUUUCUUAUUUAUACAUUAGGAGAGUAAGCAGUACAUAUUACACCAACAUUUUAUAGAACUUACUUUUAAGUAAGAAUAUUUAGUUUUUGAUAUUCAUACAAUCAAAGAAGGUGCAUGUGUAUUUUUAUGGGAGGUAGUUCCUUGUGUCUUUUUUUAAUAUAUUUUCCUACCACAUAUUAAAUUUAUAUGUUUUUAAAUUAUUACAUUUAGACAAUUGUAAACAUUACUUCCUAACUGGUGUAACCUAAUACUCACCCUUUUUUACUAUUUUGCGUUUUAAAAAACAGAAAAAACAAUUUUUGAAAUUAAGUAAAAUUUUUUAAAUGACUGAAAAAAGAUACAUUAUGUCAAUAAAAUACUGAGAAAUUUGAGACUGCUCACUAUUCUCACAAUUCUAAAUAUUUAUAUUGAUAUAUAUGGUUAUUUCCAAAAUACUGAUAUUUCCUUUUCAAUAAACAGGAACCCAAAAUGUUAAAUGUAGAAAUGCUUGAGCUAUGUUUUUAAUCACAAAAGAAUUAGUUACUAAAGUGGAAGAGGUAUUUUGAUAUUCUAUAUAUGUACAAUAAACUUUGUAUAAUACUAUGUAUAAUAUAGUUUCUAUAGUUUUUUAAUUUUUGUAUUUAAAUAUUCUAUAGUUGUGGUGUUAAGUUUUGUUUUCACAGUAAUUUAGCCUGAAUUGUUCAGUUUCCUUACUAAAUACCUUUAGCCGUUAGGCGCCUCAGUUUUUGAAAGAUGUAUAAUUUAAAGUAACAUUAGUAAACCACUGAGUAGUGAACCUGCUCAUUAAAGCUAAAUGGAAAAUGAAUGUGUGCAGAGAAUUCCCCUGAACAUUAUCUGCUAAAUAUUGUUGUUCAAUAAACAAGAUAUUUUGCUCUUCAAAAA